AUGCCAGACCUCUUCAUUACGCGAAUCGACGUCUUUAAAAAAGACCUUCCAUAUUCUGGAGGAGUGUACCGACUUUCAGGCGGACGAGAAUAUCGCCAAUUCGACGCAACCUUUGUCCGCAUCACGACCCAAAAUGGAUUAGAAGGCUGGGGUGAAAGCACACCUUUCGGAUCGACCUAUGCCGCUGCCCACGCCCUAGGAGUCCGCGCCGGCAUUGCAGAAGUUGCGCCAAAGAUCAUCGGUCUUGAUCCAAGAAGGGUUGAUCGUAUCAACGACGCAAUGGACGAGGCUCUUCUAAGGACACGAGCAUGCGAAAACCGCCAUUGA